UCGCUACAGAUCCGCCAGCCCUGCCGAGUUUCUCAGCAAUUUCUGCUUGCUUCGGGAACGCAAACAGUGGCCGAGAAGCUGCCUUUGAAAGUUACAGUACGUGCAUUGGACAAAAAGGGGAGCUGUGGUGGAGAAGCGAGCUCCGUGGCUGAUUGCUGUGGGAAGACUGAGCCCCUGCCGCGGAUUGAGCGGAAAUGGGAGCGCGAGGCGAUCCGGGCCAGGUUCUAUAGCCGCUCGGCCCAGCCACCCGGGACUAUCAGCACAGGCACUGACCGCUAGUUCCUCCACACCCACUACCAGCACCAUAACUACCCGAACACUGAGUCUUCCGAGUGGGCUUUAUGCACCAUACCCGAGAGGAAAGGGAUUGGCCUCAGGAAGAACACGGAACACCUUCCAUUGCUGGUUUAUGGCCACUUUCGAGCCUUUGAUUGGUUGUCGCAGACGUCAAUUUAGGACUGGUCUGACUCGGAAGCAACGUUGACAAUUUUUUUUCGUGUGAUCGGUUCAUCAGGGGAGCUCACCGAAUUUUUAUCACAUUUGCAGUGAGAGAUGCUGCAAUGCUGACGAUGUUGUCCAAGUUCAAAUGAGCUAUCUCAGCCAGAACCAUUGUUUGAAUGAGGAAUAUUCCUGCCAUACCUCGUGGUGCAUUUAGCUAUCCAACUGUUACUGAACAACUUAUCUUUUCAGAAGAAAUUUCUAGGCCUCUAACCUCAUUCUGAAAAUGCAACAUUAACUCAAGCAGUAAACUUGAUGCCUGGAGUUGAGAUAUUCUGUGCAACACUGAAAAUGGGAAGGAAAGAUGCUGCUGCUUCUAAAAUCCCAAUUGAUCACUACCGGAAACAGAUAGGAAAACAAGAUUAUAAGAAAACCAGAUCAGUUUUAAGAGCAACAAGAUUGAAAGCAGAAGCCAAGAAAACAGCACCAGGAAUAAGGGAUGUGGCACUCAUCGUUGCAGCUAUUCUGAUUUUACUUGUGGCGAUUUAUGGUUUCUUUUACCUGAAAUUCACCACAGAAGUAGACCUUGACCUGGAUCUGGAUGAAAAUUCAGAAGUGUAAAAAUAUUCUUCUCUUGGGAAGCAUUGAUAACCACUUAAAUGGAAUUUGCUUAAGUAUUUUGGACCAUAUGGAGACUAAUGUGACUUUUACCUUGUAUUUGCUAAGAAUUCCAAAAUGUGAACAAUUUUACAUCAAUUUCACAUCGCUGUGCUUACAAGAUGAUACAAUCUGUACAACUCACCAGUCUGUAUUUUAAAGUAAGCAUAUUUAAUUGGUGGUAGUUUUUUGAAAAUUCAGUUUACUAAUAUAGUGAGUAGUUGAGCCAUCUGGGCCAGAAAUAUUCCAGAUUCAAUCUGUAAUGCAUGCUGACUUACAUUUUACAGCUGAGACAAGUGUUUCUUUGCUGAAAUUGGUCAUGCCCUUUUCAGUUAGGACAAACCAUAUCAGCUCCUCUUGCUGAUGAAAGAUCAAAUGUGGGCAUUGGGUAAGAAUGUGAUUCAUCUUAUUAUAAUAACAUAUUGAAUAAGUUGCCUCGGAUCUUUGACCUGGCUCACAAAAGGCUCUGGAUUUAAUGGAGUGGCAGAGUCCCUACCUAUACACUGUAACAUCAAGGAUAGACUUCAGUGACUCACCCCACUUUCUUUUAAUAUUCAGAGGGUGUUAGUUGCCUUGAGGCAAGACAGCCCUCCCUAUGUGUGUUGAGAGUUCCUCUUCUGAGAGCUCCCAGACAAUCAAAAGUUGGCAAAAGUAUUUUAUGAUAGGCCAAGGGAUUCACAGUACCCACAGAAUUUGAAACUUACAGAGCCCCAGAAAAAGUCAGCACUUGAAGAAAAAGCACUUGAACAAUGUAUUCAAAAAUUAAUGAAUGACUUUAGAGUUUUAAAACGUAAUUACUUAUGGGUCAGGAGAGAUGCAAAUUUGUAGACAGGAGGAGAAAAAACAGGAAAAUUAUAUUUGUAAAUUGAUUGAAUCAAAUAAGCCAAGGAUCCAAUUUGUAAAUAUGAUAUUUCAUUAAAAAGGGAACUGCACCACCUACCAGACAACCGUGCAAGAAUCAAUCCAAAUAGAAUAGCAGUAUCAUCAUGAGGAUGGACAAGUGAGAGCAAAUGUAGCCAACAAUCCAGGAAUCAAUUAAUAAUGGUGCUAUCAACUCAGCAAGUAAUUUAGCUUUGAAAUGGGGAAACAAGCAAUGAGUUGGGGAAUUCUUUUAAAUGAAUAGACCGGAGGUUUAAUAGUAUAGGGUCAAAAUUAUCACACAUGAAACCUUCUCAAUACUCAGAUUGAUUGUAAUUGUACAUAGACACAGAUACAUGUUCAAACAGUAGCAUUACAACAGCUCAUUAAAUUAUACCAUACAUGAAGCAUUGCAUUGUUUACAUUGAAAAUAUUGUUUCUAUAUUUUUAUCCUCUUUAAUUGAAUGUGUUUUUAAUAUUUUUCAAACUUAAUAUCUUGACAAUUGAUGAAAAUAAUAUGGUAAUAAUGUUUGUAUGUUGUGCAGCAUUAUUGUCACAUAUUUUAAGCAAAUUAUAUGAACGUCAUUCUUGUAUUUGCUACUAAUGUAUGCGUGUGUGGUCUGUUAAGGUGAUUAAAAGUAUCAUAAAGGUAAAUGUGUUUUA